AUGAUUUCAAGACUAGUGCUUUUCUGCCUUUACAAUAUCUUCAAAGGCGCUUUUUGUAUAGAUCCAGAAGUCGUAGUUCUCCGAGCUGUUCGCGGCCGGGACGCCCGGCUUCCGUGCGGACAGGGUAAAGUGUUCCUUGACGGGCCAGAUUCGUACGUGCUGUGGCUUAAGAACGAUAGAGACUUUCUAUAUAGAUUUCCCAAUGAAGAGACGGAAAGAAGGGUGUUAAACCACGAUCGUAUAUUCGGAACAUCGUGUGACACCGGGGCGUGCUACGACGACACUUCACUGCUUCUAAAGAGGGUGACUGAACAGGACAGCGGCUUGUACCGAUGCAGGGUGCACUACCAAGCAUCGCCCUCUCUGGACUAUGUGAUAGACGUUAGGUUAGUUGAUUCGCCUGGCAUUCCACGGAUAUUUAACGAUGCAAAAGAAGAAAUUAAAAGAGGUUAUGUGGGUCCGCUCAGCCUUGGAUCAGAUUUAACUUUGAUAUGUGAAGUAGAUGACGACCAACCGGACACAUUAGUGUACUGGCGUAGAAACGGGGUGGUGAUAGAGCGCGCGCACUCGGUGAAGCCGGGCAUGUUGCGCGCGGACGUGCGCGUGCGGGGCGCGACGCGGGACGAGCUGGACGCGCACUACGAGUGCCUGGCGCAGAACGCUGACGUCACCGAGCCGCUCAGCGCGAGCGUUGUCAUCAAGAUGUACCUGCCACCAAUAAAAGUUGAGAUCCGUUUGAACAACAACUUUGAUUUCGAAGCGGGCCAGCCACGGGUGGUCGACUGCGUUGUGGUAGGGUGCGUCCCCCCUCCCUCCAUAACCUGGCACCUGGGGGACACUUUACUUAGACCCAGUGUUCAUAAGGAACUGCAUGACGGUAACUACACAGUGUCGUCUCUAACGCUCGCCCCGUCGUUACGCGACAGCAAGCACGACUUGGUGUGCCGGGCCCAUAACUCUCAUCUACCAGCUGGUAUUUACGAGGAUAAAGUUACGCUCAAUGUUGGAUAUCGUCCGUUAUGUAUAUCGAGCAAGGAAGAAACGAUAGGAGCGGUGGAACGUGAGGCCGAAACAGCGACCUGUGUCGUCGACGCAUCUCCAGAACCUCUGCAGUUUAGCUGGACGUUCGCUGACUCUAGAACUCUGUACACUAGUGUAAAGAAAGUGUCCGGACACCACCACCGCUACUCGUCCACGCUUACCUGGUUGCCGCGCGACAGCGAUGUCGGCUUGCUCCUCUGCAGAGCGACCAACGCGUUUGGGGAACAGAAGAGACCCUGCUCAUACACUAUUGCACCUGGAGGCCCUCCCAGGGCCCCGGAUUGUGUAGUGCUGCGAUCUUACCCUAAUGCUGUACGAAUUCAGUGCCAAAAAGGUUGGAAUGGAGGAAGACCACAGGUUGUAUAUUUGGAGCUUUUGAACACGGAUGGUACAGUCAUCCACAAUGUAUCGAAUGCAGCCGGUCACUUUCAGCUCCCUGAAAUGGAGGAUGAGCGUAACUUGACAGCAGUGGUGUACGCCAGCAAUUCUAGAGGACGCAGUGAACCAAAGACCUUACAUCUUCAGACAAUUACUCCACUGAGCGCAUCUGCAGUAAAAGAAUAUGCGCACACGCAAACUUGGACGAAGUGUUUAGAAGCCGCUGCAGGAAUAAUAGCCGUGGUAGCUGCUCUCACCGGCACAGUUCUAUGUAUUAAAAUAUUUAAAAACAAGAGAGAUAGCCUCGAACAAAAUCCUGAUUUAGUUCCUCGUUCUGAUGGCACAUUCCACCGAGAACCAGAUUUUACCCGAGAAGAAAGAUUGUUAGGUACAACGAAUAUUACUGUAAAUCAAUUGGCUUCUUGUCAAAAUCAAUACACGUCAUCCCCAGUGCCUUCAUGCCGCGUUCUCGUCGGCUGCGCGCACCCGACGCCCGACGCUUGCCCGACUUCACAACACUCGUAUUUCGUAUAAAUAAUAAACGAACAUAAUAAACGACCCUAAUUAAUGUAUCCUACAUUUAGACAUCUAGUCAAACUAGUCUACUUCAAUAAAAUUAUUACUACGUUAAACAUAUCGAUAUUAACGAAUGUAUCAACGGAAAUAAAUUCAUGUUUCAUUUUACUACUUUUACAAUUAAUAUUGAAAUGAAACUUCUUUAGGAGCGUUUAGAGUAAAAUUUCAAGGUCAUAUCAUGGCAAGACCGUUACGUCAUGGAGUAAGAUGACGAUUUUGGUAACUUUGCCAAAGAAGUUUCACUUCUGAUACGUGAACUUGGCACAUUCACUCUUUUUGCAUAAUAUAAAAUGCCUUCUAUGUAUCUUGUAUUCUUCUAUCGUAUGCAAACGAAUACAUUUGUAAAACGCGAAUCAAUUCAUUGUCAUAAUUCAAAUAAAUAGCUUACAUUAAUGUUACUGUUGUAAAAGUAAAUAUGUUGUUAUUCAGUUUUAUUUCAAUGUCGCUUUUAAGUUGAAAAACUCAAAUGUCAAUUAAAAUUACCGAUUAGGCGGGUCUCCACAGAGCGAGCAGCCUCGCGAAGCAAUCAAAAUAACCGAUAAGUCCAUGGAAAAUGACAACACAGACUUCCUUGCCAGUGUCACGGCCUCACUAAUCGAGCUGUUCACGCAGUGACUGCUUCACGUAGCGACUGCUUCAAACAGCAUCUGCUUCACACAGCGACUCCACACAGCGACUGCUUCACGCAGCGACUGCUCGCUCGCUUUGUGGGCUAAACGAUAAUUGUGAAUAAGAUGCAAUUGUUUAGUUACUGGGACAGUGCAUGAGUCAAUAAAUAUGUUAGACCUUUUCACCUUGGAGAUUAUUAAAAUGCCUUGUACAUUUUGGGAGAGUUGAAGAUUUGUACAACUUUAUGAAUUAUUAAAAAAAUAUGAAACAUGUUUAGAGAGCAUAAUAUUAAUAAGUUUUCAAAGCGAUAUCGAAUAGAAUUUUGUAAAUCUAAUAUAUAUAAAUCUCGUGUCACAAUGUUUGUCUUCAAUGGACUCCUAAACCACUUAACCGAUUAUAAUAAAAUUCGCACACC